AUGUGCUUGGCACAAUUCACAAUACAAGGAUCCACAGACGGGGAUCGAGUUGCCCAGGGUUUAAGGGUUGACGACGAGAAAGGACUGGAGUACAUAAGAGGAAGUGACUCAUCGGGUGGCUCUAGUAUUCAGGGCUCCACCGACGGUCACUCCAAUAUUCAGGGUGGUAACGACGGUCACUCGAAUUAUCAGCUUCAAGGUGCCACUAGCGGCGGUGCAGAAAGAUAUUUACAAUCAACUACCCCCGAACAGUUUAAUAUUCAAGGACCUUCGGAUGGUUACGGACAAUCAGGGUACAUCCAGGGUACCUAUGACAGCAUCCCGUCUGCUCCAAAGUCUCUUCAAUACAACGAUCCUAGUGGUCUGAGAGUGAACUGGAGAUCGUACGAUCGUACACCACGGCCAGUACAACAGCCACAAGCGCAAGAGCAAUAUUCAGCCCCAGUCAGCGCUCCUCAGCCAGCACCCUAUCGUCAACGUCCACAGGCACGACCACAACAUCAACCACAACCACAACGAGUAUCACAACAACCCGUGUUACCGCCAGCGAGAUCUUUCGAUAACGCCCCCUCACACAUCAAGCAAAUCCUUCAAUAUCAACAACAACUUCCGUACACGAACAUCAUCCCUGAACCCUAUAGGUACGAUGCCUUAUUAGCAGCGCAGGCGGGCAAACAACAACCACAGUAUCAAAACGAAGCCCAGGAUCAGUAUGAACAGGAGCCACGACGUCCAUCUUAUCGUGGAAAGUCUAGGCAGAGACGACAGACGCGUCAGAAACCGCCAGCCGAGCCUCAGAUUAGGUACAACAACAAUCUGCCACCCACUAUUCAACAAGUGUUAAAAUUCCAAGCACAGACACCGUACAUCAACGGAAUCCCCGAACAGUUCAGAUUUAACGAGGAAGCAGCCGUGGAAGAGCAAAGGCAGCAGGUUCAAGCUCACUUUCAACAAUUAGCAGCGGAGGCAGCGCGUCCCAGGCACAAGAGGCAAGCGCAGCAUCGUCAACCGCAACCCCAACCGCAACGACCACCUCAGGAAGUUCAGCCCCAAUAUUCGACCAAUCUUCCAGGUUACAUUCAAGAGGUGUUGAAGUUCCAGUCUCAAAUUCCCUACAACAUUUUGCCCAAUCAGAUCGCCAUUCGUCCCGAGAAGCCUUACGUGCCUCAGCCCGUCCAACCUUCUCCGCAACAAGCGCAGUAUCAGGGUCAAUCGAACGCGUAUCAAGGUCAAGCGGACCCGUAUCAAGGCCAACAAAGUGCAUACAACGAAGCGUACAAUAAUCAGGUGUACAACAACCAGGUUCAACAGUCCCCGUUGCAACAUUCUCAGGGACAGUCUCCGUAUCAGCGAGCAGGGGACGCGGUUCGUCCCGUAACUGAAAACCAGUACUAA